CACUGAACUGGAUAACGUCUCCUUCAACCCGCAGCACAGACUCAUUUCUCUCCACACCAGCUCUGAGUGGAUGCUCAGCAGGGGUGUUUGAGAUAUUAGCCCGCUGUGGGGGAACGGCUCAGGGACCUCUAACAUCCACAUACGAAGAGCCGGCAGUCAGGAGGAAUAUGGGCAAAUCCGAAAGCCAAAUGGAUAUCAUGGAGAAAUCAAGUAAACCUGGAAAGCGCCGUUGGACUGUUGCAGAAAUUGGUCUGUCUGUGCUGCUGCUGUUGGUCAGCUGCGCCUUGGCCGGGCUGGUAGUCCUCUACACAUCGGUUGUGAAAGAACAAUCUCAGAGAUCCAGUGUGUCAAGGAGCUCAACAGUUGAAGGCCAGCUGUUUCGCUCGAAUGUCGACAGUGUGUGCACAACUGCAGACUGUGUUACUGCAGCCGCUCGACUCCUGCAGAACAUGGAUAAGUCUGUGAAGCCUUGUGAUAAUUUCUAUCAGUACGCCUGCGGGGGUUGGCUGGAGCGACAUGUCAUCCCAGAGACGAGCUCCCGUCACAGCGUCUUUGACAUUCUGAGGGACAAGCUGGAGAUUGUCCUCAAAGGUGUUCUUGAGAUGGAAAAUGAACAAGACAGAGAUGCCAUCAGGAAGGCCAAAAUCCUUUACAAUUCCUGCAUGAAUGAGAGCCUCAUAGAGCAGCGUGACUCCCAGCCCCUCCUGAGGCUCAUUGACAGUAUCGGAGACUGGCCGGUGGCGUCAGAUGACUGGAACACCACUUCAGAGGAUGCAUGGAGCCUUGAGGACACACUGGCAACGCUUACUGCUCGUUUCCACAAGAAGGUUCUGCUGGACAUGUACGUGUGGACGGACGACCGUGACUCUCGGCGCCACAUAAUUUAUAUUGAUCAACCGGGACUUGGAAUGCCAUCAAGAGAUUAUUACUUCAAUGAUGGAAACUACAAAAAGGUUCGGGAGGCAUACCUUCAUUUCAUGGUUUCUAUUGCGAAGAUAACCCGAGAGGACAGGAACUUGACUCAGGAUGAUGACCAUGUGUGGGAGGAAAUGAUGCAAGUGCUGGAGCUGGAGACAGACAUCGCCAAUGCCACAUCACCAGCAGAAGAGCGCCAAGAUGUCACUGUUCUCUACAAUAAGAUGAAACUUGGAGAGCUGCACAGCACAUUCAGCUUUAAUGGUUUUAACUGGACACGAUUUAUCCAAGGUGUGCUCUCCAGUGUGUCCAUUAAGGUCCAGCUAGAGGAGGAGGUGGUGGUGUACAGCUCUCCCUACCUUGAGAAGAUGAAUGAUGUUCUCUCCAGACACAGUGUCAGAACUAUACAGAACUACCUCACCUGGCAGCUAAUCAUUGACAGAGUUAAUAGCUUGAGUCGCCGUUUCAAAGAUGCCAGAGCCCGUUACAGGAAGACUCUGUAUGGAACCACUGUGGAGGAUGCUUGGUGGCGAGAAUGUGUCCGUUAUGUCCAGAGCAGCAUGGAGAACGCAGUUGGAGCUCUGUAUGUGCGUGAGACCUUUGCUGGAGAAAGCAAACAAAUGGUCAGUGACCUCAUCGGUAAGAUCCAGAAAGCAUAUGUGGAAACAUUAGAGGAGUUGAGCUGGAUGGAUGCUCCCUCGAAGGAGAAGGCAAGAGAGAAGGCCAUGGCAAUCAAGGAGCAUAUUGGCUACCCAGAUCAUAUCCUGCAGGAAACCAACCAGAAGCUCGACCAAGAGUACGCUCAUCUUAAUUUUAGCGAAGAACACUACUUUGAGAACAUCCUCGAAAACCUCAAGUCUGAAGCGCACAAGAGUCUGAAGAAGCUCAGAGAGCCAGUUGACCCGGACUUGUGGAUCAUUGGUGCUGCUGUAGUGAAUGCAUUCUACUCGCCCAACAGAAACCAGAUAGUGUUUCCAGCAGGAAUCCUGCAGCCGCCUUUCUUCAGUAAACAGCAGCACCAGGCUCUUAACUUUGGUGGAAUAGGAAUGGUUAUCGGACAUGAGAUCACACAUGGAUUUGAUGACAAUGGGCGUAAUUUUGACAAGGAUGGUAAUAUGCUAAACUGGUGGAGUAAUUACUCUGCAGAGCAUUUUAAAGAGCAGUCACAGUGCAUGGUGCAACAAUAUGGCAACUUCAACUGGAAGCUAGCAGGUGGACAAAACGUCAGUGGAAUCAGCACUUUGGGGGAGAACAUUGCAGACAACGGAGGGGUUCGUCAAGCAUAUAAGGCUUAUCUAAAGUGGGUGAAGAUGGUGGGGGAAGAGCCUCGUCUACCUGGUCUAGACAUGAACCACAAGCAACUUUUCUUUCUUAAUUUUGCCCAAGUGUGGUGUGGUGCUUAUCGACCAGAGUAUGCCAGCCAGUCCAUCAAGACUGACUCACACAGUCCCUUAGAAUACAGGGUGCUUGGAUCACUCCAGAAUUUUGAAGCUUUCUCAGAAGCUUUCCAGUGUCAAAAAGGCAGUCCAAUGAACCCAGAGCUGAAGUGUCGUGUCUGGUAGAAAGUUUAGAUAUUUAUUUCUUGACAUGGGCAACUCAAAUCAAAAGAACAAGUUGUACUUCUUAAACCCACAGAGACAUUCUGCUUAUUCCCAUUUAUUUGGGGCAGAGUGAGGACACAGAUAUUUGCAUACACUGUAGAUGUAUUUAAAAUGGCUGUCAUCCUGGACUACACCCUAGUUUCGUAUACUAUAAAAAAAGAAACUUGCUUGAGUAUCUUCUCAAGUUAGAAGUGUUGUCUCUGGACGAGUAGGUCCCUUGUUCUUUUUUUUGCUGUGUCCCACGACAGACGACGAGUGGGUACAUAAAUAAAAAGGCUACAUAGAAAACUUGUGAAGAUCUUGUGAAAAAGUAAAAGCUUACAUGGCUGGCUUUAACCGCUUUGCCGGCCUUUCUUGAAUUAAUCCUUAAAAAAGAAUUCUCUUGUGCAGAUCUUUGUGAUUUAUCCAUUAUCAUUGGCACUAAGUUGCCUUGGUGUCUUUCCUCUGAUGUAUUGUUUUCAAGACAUUGUGCCACUUCAGAAGAAACAAUAGUGAACAACUCUGGCUGAAGAGUAUGAAGUAAAUGAAAACUCGGGGCUUUGCUGAAGUAAGGCUACGAUAGAAUUAGUCACACUCGGAGAGUCUGGUCAUUCACUGUUACAUGAAACAAAUUAUCUAAAGACUUUAAGACUGUUAAAUCUUUGCAGCUUUAACCUUAAAUUAACAUUCUGCGAGAGCUGCAGCUUUUAACAUUUUUACACUUACAGAGUGGAUGAAUAUUUAAAAUUUACAAAGCUAUUUAGUACUUUUUGAAGGAUAUUUUUUUCUAAGUUUCUUUAUCAAUGAUUGUCGCUCAAUACUCAGAAAUGUAUAUGUCAUGACAGUUUGCUGUACGAAACUAUAUUCCAGAUGUUUUGAAAAAUAUUGGUGGCCUACUACUUUUUAGCUAGUGAGAAAACACCUGUUGGAGAGUGAUAAUGAUGAUAAUGAACCAAUGUAUAUCACUAUAUUGCUUUAUUCGUUACUGCCAGGUUGAGAUACAGGUAACCACAGCUGUGUUGUGUUUGAAGCUCGCUCCCUCUCACACAUUCCACCUUUUACAACAUUUCGAGAGGCACCCAAGUGUUCAUAAUGGGCUGAUAUAUAGCUAGCAAAACUCCUCACAUGUGCCAUUUGUUACGUGGCGCUUACCUUUAUUCAAAAUUAUAAUGUCUGCUUGUGUAAUAUCUGUAAGUUUCCAUUUUACUCGACAUGUUGACUGAUUUGUAGAAAUGUUUUUUCCUUCACCACACGACCUCCUGAGAGGAGAUGCGAACACACAGUGAUAACAAGACUUUUAGCCUCUGGGCAUAGCCAAUUACAUGCUAUGGGGAAGGGAGAAGAAACCCCCCUCAGAUACACUCACAUAUGGAUAAGCAGCAGAUGAAGUGCUUUACCCUCUGAUCUCGCAUUGAUCAGCGCUGUGUAAGAUGAAAGGAUGAAGUGCGGUGUGCUGAAGCGUGGUGACCGCUGUAGCCGAACCACGAGCCCCACAGGCAGACUCACUGAAGAGUGGAGCUUGUCAUUAAAUAGAUGGCCAGGGCCAGGACUGUUAUUUUCUACCUUUAUUAACAAGUAAUGACAGGAGAAUCAAAGCAGAACAGAACACAAGAUAGAGGAUGGAGGUAGUGGCUGCAGGUAGUUACCGUUUUUUGUGCCAAAUGGAGCUCUCAAACACAGCAGAAAACAAACAAACACAUACAGCUGGUUUUGAAUGUUUUCUUGGUCACAUUCAGGAUGCCUUGGUAAACUGAACACGACUUUUUAGGCCAAAUUGAAUGUGCAUAUAAGCUUUACACUCUCAGUCUUCACAUUUUGGCAAAUACUGUUGUGUUUAGCAGGGAGAGGAAACACCAAUGAAAGACUGUUUUACUCAGAAAGAAAGUGCUGCAAACGUUAGACAUUUGGGGAAAUAAACUUAAAUAAUUUGCUUCUUCUGGUAGAAAUUUAACAUAAGCUACAGCCAGCAGUCGGUUAGAUUAGUUUAGCAAGUCUGGCUCUGUUCAACAGUGAGAAAAUCGUUUAAAACUCACUCAAUUAACAUGUUGUAUCUCAAUUUGUUUAAUUCAUACCAAAAACAACAUGUAAAAUCAACAAUUUGCCAUCGCACAGUGGGUUUUCUGCUGGAUUCUUGGCUAAGACUAGUAACUCAUAGUUUUGUACAGAUUAGUCAGGCAAGUUUGGUUACUUUUAAUCAUUUUACUUUUAGAUUUAGACUAGCUUUUUACCCCUGCUUCCAGUCUUUAUGCUAAGCUAACCGGCUGCAGCCUUAUACUAAACAGACAGACAUGAGAGUAUCGAAAUUCUUAUCUCACUCUCACCCAGAAAGCAAAGAAAGCAUAUUUCUCCAAAUGUCAAACUAUUCCUUUAAACAACAAGGCACAUUUAUCAUGUCUGGUUCAAAGAAAUGCUGGAGGAUAAAUCAUAAGCUACAGUGUAACAUUGGGCUACCAUUUGAAGGGCAACAGUUUAGACUUGUUUUGUCUGGUUUUCCUCAAAGAGUAAAACAGUUCAACACUGUAGACUGAACACAAAGGGUACAUAAUAUACAAUGUGUUAUUGUAGAUACUUGAUGUUCUAUACUGCAGUAUUUACAUAUAAAGGAUUCAUAUCAGGUAAGAAAGAAAGCGUACAUUUCUUACCUUAGAUCUAGCUUCACAUUUACUUAUAUGGUGAAAUUGUGUCGUUUUGAAAUUACCAGCCAAGUACAAAUACAUUUUUGUUACAUAUAAACAUGUUUCAUCUGUAAACCAAUCAGAGGAAUUUAUUUAUCUACAUGAAUAUUUAUGAAAUAACAUUGUUGCUUUGCAAGAAUUCAGACGUUAAAGAUGUUUUAUGAAUGUUCCUGCUGCUACGUAAUUAUCUAGAUUGCCAUUAAAGUGACUGUCUCAACUGGUUCGAUCUCAAGUCU